AUGGAGCCGGGCAGCACCCCGCUGCUGCCCCCGGGGCUGGCCACCCUUCCGCCCCCAGCUCCGGCGCUGCCAGUGUCCCCCGCCUUCCUCCGCCCGCCCAGCCUCUUCUUGCGGGCAGCGGCCGCAGCCACUGGCGGCUCCAGCCCCUGCUGCCCGGCGGCUGGGGGCCCGGAGCGCGGCGCCUGCUCGCCGCGAACCCCGAAGUGCGCCCGCUGCCGCAACCACGGCGUCGUGUCCGCGCUCAAGGGCCACAAGCGCUUCUGCCGCUGGCGGGACUGUGCCUGCGCCAAGUGCGCGCUGAUCGCCGAGCGCCAGCGGGUCAUGGCCGCGCAGGUGGCGCUGCGCCGGCAGCAGGCGCAGGAGGAGAGCGAGGCCCGCGGGCUCCAGCACCUGCUCCAGCAGCGCCCGCCCGCUGCCCGCGGGGAGGCAGCGCUGAGCCUGGCGGCCAGGGGACGCGGAGCUGCCGGGCGGGCGCCGGCGUGCGGGGCCGCGAGCGCGGAGCUCCAGCCGGGCAGAAGAGAAGAGCAAGUGCAGAAGUAUGAAUCGUACUUCAGGGUGUUGGAAGGUCCUGUAGUCCUAUCACAUCCUCCUCCCCUGAUAUCUUUGCCUGAGUCAGCAGAAGCUAGUGGAAGCUAUAGAGUGAAGUCGUCUGGCCUGGAAAUCUCAGAAAAGGGAGAGACUGCUCAGUGUCCUAAUCUGGAACAGCAGUUGGAAGGUGUUGAAAGUUCAGGAUCCCCUUCUUCUUCAGACAUGGAAUCAGGAAAUGAAAGUGAAUGGUCCAAGGAUUUUGCUACCCCCAGUUCCAGUCCGCCUGCUGCCGCUUCAAGACAAAAAGACCCACUUGGCAUUCUCACCAAAGUCUUUCCUAGUCAUAAACGAAGCAAGCUGGAGAGUAUCCUGCAGUUCUGCAAAGGAGAUGUGGUCCAAGCCAUAGAACAGAUUUUGAAUAGGAAAGAGAAUAAACAAAAUGUCAAAGACUUUGCAAACCCAUCUAGAUCUGACCUUAGUGCUUUACAGAGAGCCUCUAAUUUUAGCCUCACGGGAUUAGGUGUUGGAGCAUUUGGCAAUACAUCAGCUUUCUCCCCUCUUCAAACCAGUUCUACAUCAUUUGGAAAUGCAACAAAUCUUUAUGGCCUAAACCCUAGACUGGGGAUUAGCCCUCUAAAACUGGCUUAUUCUACCCCUGGAAGAGGGCUGCCUGGAUUUAUGUCACCCUACUUAACACCUGGACUGGUUCCAGCUUUGUCUUUUCACCCAGCAAUGGACUACUCCUUUUCAGGAGUGAUCAAGGAUGCUUCUUACUUUCAGAGUAAAGAGUCAGUUACUAGCAGUGGAAUUUACUCAAGGCUAAAUCAAGAAAACCAGUAGUGCCUUUAGCAUAUUCCCUUUCGCAAUGCACUUCCAAAAUAUGCAGCUGUGAUGACAUCUGGACUAGUAUGUCAAACCUCAAAGGAUGCUUUAAUCCCACAGCCCAUAGAAUAUUAUAUUAGAGGUGGCAGAACAGUUCCUUUUUAAAAGAACACAACGAGGCUUUGUACACCUUUUGAAUGUUUUUUUAAUUUUAAUGUAGAAUGGCUUGCAAAACUGAAAUUUUUAAGCAAAAAAGAAAAGACUUUAAAUUAUGUAUUUUUCCAUCCAGAAUAUCUGCUGUGAAGAGCUGGUUUAAAAAUUAGCACUGAUUUUAAAACUGAGUUUUUUAUUAUGCAUAUAUUUUGUUUUGUGUACGGGCUUCAAAUUGUUUUGUAAAUGAAAUAAUAACUAGAAUAUAUUUGUUUGUGAACAGAAAUAGUUGGAUUAUAAAGAACAUCCAUUAUAACUUUCCUCUCCCUUUUAAAAAAUAUUUAAUCAACUUUGUGUACUUAGUCUUCAAAGUCAAUGAUGCAAACAAGAAUAAGACCAAGACUUUAAAAAAUGAUUCCUUAAUGUUAAGUUGGUAAAUCCAUAGUUAGGCACUGAAAUAAGCAGCCUGAUUUUCAAAAGAUCUUACUGAAGUAAACAGGGGCUGCUGGGUGCUCAGGACUUUUGAAGAUCAGGCUCUUCAUAUUGGCAUCAAAGGCCCUGAUCCUGCAAAAAUGUAUGCACAUACUUAAUUUUACGUACUGAGAAUAGCCCCAUUUAGAUUAUAGUGCUUGAUUCUCAACUGAUAAAUCAGCAUAGCUCGGUUGAAGUCAGUAGAACUCUGCUAAGUUAGCUGAGGAUCUGGCCCAUAAAGUUAAGGAUGUAUGAACAUUUUUACAGGAUCAGGGCCUAAAUGUAGAUGUAGAAGCCUGAUUUUAGGCACCCAUUUUUAAUAGCGUUAGUCCAAAUGUAAAACCUGUACUUCAGCUUGGGGAUUUGAAUUUCUGAAGAUCAGUCCUUUGAACUACACUUAAUAGAACCCAUACUUCUGGUUGUAUUUUGGAUUUUUUUAUUUUAUUUUUUGUAUUGUGGAUUUUUUCAUUCAUAAAAUUCUUCUCAAAUGAUGACAGCAAGUACAAUUUCUUUAUACCUUUAUUUUUAUUGGGAGUUUUGUAGACCUUGUGUUGUGAAUCUCGGAGCUAAACAAUGAACAAAGUCAAAGCAAAUGAGCACCAUCUUCUGGCUAUUCUAGUUCAUUGCAAUUUGAUGGUGGUUUGAAACGAAAAUUAGCAUUUUGGUUCAUAAGGAAUUAUUUUUUUAAAUCUACAAAGGUGGAAACGUGUUCCUCUUACAUUCACUGGUAUUUUAAAUGUUCCUUUACUGGUUACAGUAUGAAUUUUGGGGAGAUGCUGUUUAAAUAAUAGGAAAUGUUUGUAUAUUACAAAGAUCCUGGUUACAAGUGAGACACAGAAUCAAAACAUGCUCUCUCUACUUGUAUGUAAAGUCCUAUUGAUUUCAGUGGGAUUCUUCUUUUGUAUAAGGCCGCCAGGAUUGAGUCUCCCCAAAAUGUUUGAAACAUGUUAAAUUACUUCUCAGGCACAAUGCAGAUUUUUGCAUAUAUGUAUGCUUAAUUUUGCAUAUUUGAGCAGUCCUGCAACAUGAAUGAAUAUGUGGCUAAAGACCAAGUUAUCGCAGGAUAAGAGCUCUAGGACUGCAGAACUAGAAAGGGAAUUUCUCUUAGUUGCAUGUAGCAACUAAAACAGAGACAUGCCUUUGAGAAAAUCUUUGAUGCUGAUUUUGUUGCUUGCUAUCUAGAAAACAUAAGAAAAGGUUGACCUUGGGCCUGAUCAUGCUGCCACUGAAGUCAGUCUUUUUUGCUGUUUAUCUGGUAGAACUAAAGUUUAUUUCAAUUAAACAUUGGGGAUUUUUCUAGGUGCUUAUAGGACAUGGGCAGGGUUAGGCAUAAGCAAAGAGUAAACGAUUAUGAAGACUAAUUAUUUGGAGAAAUGGCUUGUUAAAUUAUAUCUUCUGAAUAAUUAUAUUUUAUCAACGUAUGCAACAGUUUUAUCACUUACAAUUGAUGGUAUUAGCAUCAAUAGAAAUUAGCAAGCUUUCAGUAUUAACUUUGACAUUUCAGUAAAUGUCCCUGUUUCAUUUGAUUUCAUUGAAGCCCUAAGUCAGGAAAGUAUGGCUGUUCAGACAUUUAAGCGUGUGCUUUAGCAGGGAUGGAUUUAAGUAUGUGCUUAAGUGCUUUCCUCAACUGAGGCCAAAAUGCUAAAAUCCAUGCAUGUCUACACAGCGGGGAAAUGCACAUUACUGGGUUGUGAUUUCUAAAGCUCAUCAGUGUGAGAUACAUUAAUUGGUUCAUGUAGACCCUGACGAUGCACACUGAGACUUCCAUAGUGUACUUACAACAUUUUUCUAUUUUAAACAGCUCUCCAUUAAAGUACACUAGAGAACUUUUAGUGUGCACCGGCAGGGUCAACACAGACCAGCUAAUGUGUACUGUACUAGUGCACUGUAGAAACCACACCUCUGUAGUCCGCAUUGCUGCAUCAUAUAGACAAGCUAUCAGCUUGCCAAAUGAUAUUGUUCUUACUGGUUAUUGUUUUUAUAUUGCUGUUAUUUCAAUAGACGUAAUUAAGAAAAUGCCUUACUUGCGAACUAAGGAUCCUGACCAUUCACACCAUAAUAUUAAAGUUUAUAGGCUUAUUUCAAAAGCCCUGCUCUUUUUCAGAAUUUGUACUUUUAUAGCUAUCUUAAUGCACUUCCUCUUUG